AUGAAACCCACAAAUAUCGCCCGCGUGUCAUUUACCAAAUCCGCAUUAUCUCGCUUCACCACUCUCCUGAACACACCCUUAGCUGGCCCCGCCGCAGAAUCAGGAAAAUUCCUCUCACUAAUCAAGGAAUCGUUCCGAGCCCUUUCUCUCAUCCGGAAUUUCCCCUGCCGCCGCCCCGCCGCCCCCGCCGCCUCUAAAGCAAACAUCAAGAAGUUCCUCCAGAACCCUCUUGAGCUGUUCGAGGAACAAUGUUUACUUGGAAAGGCAAACGCCGAACUUGCUGCGCUCUGCCUCAAUAGAUAUGUCCGUGACGGACUGAUGCCCGAGCCUCCCGCAAGCAUAUCCGUGCCUAAGGAGCUCAAGUGGAGCGCUGCCGACAUUGUGCUAGACGGACUAAAGAGGUCUGGAGUCGGUGAGCCGGCCGAUGUACUAUCUAAUCCAAAGCUUGCGCGGGCUGUUGCGGAGAGUUGGGCGAUUGAGAAUAAGGUCGAGAAGAUUGUUCGGUGGUCCAACCUGGCAGGAAAGGAGACCUUAGUGGCGCGACAGAACAUUUUGUUCUUUGGGCUUAGGAAGAUCCUCAGUUUAAGAGGAUGGGAGAGUGCCGUGGCGAUGUUUAUGGAGGUUUUGGACGGGCAUCAGCAGGACUGGAGGUUCGCAAGGAGGGAGUACUCCGGGGUGGGGGCUAUGUUGUGCGAAGAAGGCAUGAAGGGCUUUGCGAAGCACCCAUCGUUCACAAAACUGAUUUCUAAAUCAUCAGUGUGGGCACUUAACUUGCAAAUGAAGGCAUGGAUUCAUUUAAGGUUCACACGUCGGGUAGACGUGGGGGUGCUUUAUUUCAAGAAGUUAGCAGAUCAUUUGAGUGCUGGGGAGCAGCCAGCAUUGAAGAGCUGGUAUCGUCAGGAUGUCAAAUUCCCUGUAAAUCUAACGAGGGAGUGUUUAGUACAGGGAAGGAUAGAGGAUGCAGAGAUGAUUAAGAAUGUAGUGGAGAAGAUCUUCCUCCACAGGGUGACCGAGGGGCAUCUUAAUGAGAUGAGAAGGAUGAUCGAGCAGGCCAAAGCUGGAGGGGGGAUAGCAGGAACGGGCGAGGAAGCGUCAAAAGAGAGUGAGGAUAUGACCGAUCUGCAAGGCAUGAUAAAUGCACUUGGUUGA